UUUGCGUUUGAAAGAUGUUGAGACUGGUUUCACUUUCACGAUUCGUGUAGUUGAAUAGUUUUACUAAUAGUAAUACUACAUAUGUGUAUAUAUUUCGCUGUUUUUGAAAUUUUUGCAUCAAUAUCAAACAUCAUUUUCCUCGAACGAUAUGUAUAGGGAUGAAGAUUUUGCCCUUGCUCUUCAGCUUCAAGCUAAAUACGAUGAAGAGGCAGCACAACAGCUAAACUAUCAAUAUAAUGAAAAAACCACAAAGGAUUUUGCUUCAAAAAAGAAGAAACAUAGUAAGGAGAGUAUGUCAAUUGUGGAUGAGUUUUGGGAAGUGAAUGACCCAAAUCCAGACAUCCAUGGUCUGUUUCUUGAAUUUAACGAUACCUAUUUCUGGGGAAGAUUACAAGGAGUAGAAGUUAGAUGGAGCCCACGUAUGACAUUAUGUGCUGGAUUAUGUUCUUAUGAAGGAAGGGGAGGUUUGUGUUCUAUUCGACUGAGCACACCACUUUUGAAACUACGACCACGAAAAGACUUGGUUCAAACUCUUCUGCAUGAAAUGAUCCAUGCAUAUCUGUUUGUUACCCAAAACAAUAAGGAUCACGAUUCUCAUGGCCCAGAGUUUCACAAACACAUGACAAGAAUUAAUUUAUUGACAGGAGCCAAAAUAACUGUUUAUCAUAAUUUCCAUGAUGAAGUCAAUGAAUAUCGGCAACACUGGUGGAGAUGCACGGGUCCUUGUCAGAAAAGGCCACCCUACUAUGGAAUAGUUCGUAGAGCAAUGAAUAGACCACCAGCACCUAGAGACUUCUGGUGGGAAGAACACCAAAAGUCUUGUGGAGGAGUUUAUGUGAAGAUUAAGGAACCAGAAGAAAAGUCAAAUAAAAGAAAACCUAGUGAUAAACAGGAAGGUCCUGAGAAAAAACUAAAAUCAGAUGGUAUGGACAUCAGGAGUUGUUUUGGGGCCAAAAUAUUUACAGUUAAUAGUAACUUCUCAAAUGACAAAGACUCGGCAAAGAGUACAGUGCCAUCACCUGGACUUAAAACACCAACAUUACAUACAUCUAUUCCACAUGUAAACCAAGAACGACAUUCAGAAGGUAUAUUAGAACAAGAUGUUAGCUUGAAGAAAAGCUCCACUGAAUUCGAUUUUGUGCCAUUCACUGGUCAUGGACAUCGUCUUGGAGGCAGGAAUAGCAUGUGUGACAAUACAAGCACCACUAAUAGAACUCUGUCGAGUCAAUCGGAAUUUGCAGCUAUCAGAAAUACUUUCUGUAAUGAUAAUUUCCUUUCAUCUAAACAAGCAAAUACAAAUAUUUUAGGAAAUCAAAUUAUAGGUUCUCAACACUCAUCAAAACUGAUAGAUAAACAAGAACGCAAUGUCCUGAAAGAAAAAAAUAGUCUACCCUUCAAACAAAGCAGUCAUGUUAAAGAUGAAUCAGUAAAACAACUGCCAACAGUAACAAGUAGAGUUGGAAAUAACAAAAGAAACGCCUUGAAGAAUAUCAUAAAUAGAAAUAGUAGCAAUAAAAAUACUACAAACCAACCACAUCAAAAGGAGGUCACUGUAAAAAUCCAUUCAGUUUCAUCACCUAUACAUCAUAUUCUCAAUUCUUUCAGCUCAGAUGAUGAGGAAGAAUAUCCUUUGAACAAAUCCAGUUCUAAAUUUAUUCAGACCAAACUAAUGUUUCCCAAAUAUGAAUCAAAAACAGGGGGAAAUUUGAAACGCAUUCAGAGUCAGAAAUUUGAUAUUUCAAAUAAAGUUCAGUCCUACAGUAUUCCAUUUUCCUUAGAUAGAGCUGAAUCAAGUUCUGGCCACAAUACUUCUUUGUUACCUGAACCUGAAUUCAGUCCUAGCCUUGGGACUUCAACCCCAUCUAAACCUGGAUCCAGCACCAAUCCUGGGACAACUUCAUCAACUAAACCCGAAUUAGUAUCUGAUUCUAGAAAACUGUGUGGAGAACAGCAAAUGUGUGAAAGAGUGACGUGUCCUAUUUGUGGAUUUGAAUGUUUAGUAACAGUGAUAAACCAACAUCUUGAUUCAUGUUUAAAAACAAGUUCAUGACAUAUUAGUUAUGGCUUUUAAUUUAUAGGUUGCAGACCUUUUAAGUGAAAAAAUAAUAAUUUGAGUAAAAUGUAUCACGUUAGUCUGCUAAAAGAAGACCAUUUCCUGGCUGAUGGCAUGCCAGAGUUCCAUGUUUAUGUUAUGCUUUAGUAGCUCGUAGAAGUUUUCAUGGCCUUGCUCUAUAUAGUUGUGUAGAUUACCCAUUCAGUUUUUAUCCAAAGAGGUAAUCCAUUAACAAGAAGUUGUCAUGAUGUAUUAUAAAGAGGCUUUGAACAUUUCUUAAAGAAUUUUUAUAAAUGAAGUACAGGUAAACUAAGAAUAAUAAUGAAAUAAAGCAGGAUAUCUUAGGCUUUCAUUUAAGUUUGAGAAUGGACACAAUAUAAAAAAAACAACAAAUAAACCUAAAAUACUAAAGUUUUCCACUUAUAGAAACUGUUGUUUAUCUGCUAGAAGCAACCAAACAACAUCCACACGCAUAGUAUAGACUAAAACAGUUAAAGCAUACAAAAUAUAUUGAUAUACAACCACAGUAAUAAAAUAGUAGAAAAACUAGGAGCUUCAAGGCAAAAUUAAGUAUUGGAAAGCCUGAUUAUAAGGUAAACACAUUAAAGAAAGUCAUUGCGUCAGGAUUAUAAAACACUUUUUCACUUUAUGACCUAGAUAUUGGUAUUUCUGUUGGUCUGCUCAGUAUUACUAGAAAAUCUUUCACAGAAUAAACAAAUUAUACAUUGUGCUUAAGACUUGAAAUUAUUGAUUAUUUAAACUUUUUUUAUUCAAGAUUUGUCUUAACAACUUGCUAUACUUUUUCAAAUAACCUAUAGCUUAAUUAUAUCAACAUAAUUCAGGUAACUAAGAACGUUAUUUACAGUGACUUGUUAUCAUAUAUGUUGACUGAGUGGUUGACAGGUUAUUUGUUAUAUCUAGUUAUGUGCAGUAGUGGAAUAGAUAUUUAUAAAGUUAAUCUGUUUACGUCACAAAACUUUAAAAAACAUUGCAGAUUGUAUGUGUUACUAAAAUCUAAACCUAAAGUAUUUAAGUUUUUCUAACACUCAAAUGUUGUCAUUGCUUAUAUAAUUAAUUUCUAACAAAUCAUAUUAACAGUGACAGAUGUUUUUAUUCUAUACAGUCAUUUUCAUACCAAUGUGAGAAGAACAUGGACACCAAUGUGUUUAUGUAUUCUUUUACAUCUUAUAACAAAAAUUCCAUAUUGUGAUUACUAUUCAUUGUAUUGCUACUUAAAUAUUUCAUUUGCGAGAAAUUUUAUUAAGCAGUUUGAUUGUUUAUACACUCCUACUGGAGUGUUAAUAAAAGAUGACUUUAUAACAAUAUCUCAAAGUAUUUGAGAAUGGAAGGUUUGUGUCAUAUUGUGAGAAAAAAGUACUGGAGGUAAAAUGUUAUCUCUUCAAAAUUUCCUGGUAAUGAGUGAUCUAUCAAAGAUUAGACUGUUUGUGGAAGGUAUGCAUACUGAUGAAGAAAAGUCUGGAAAGAAUUAUUUCACACAGUUUAAAAUUACAUAAAAAUAUAUACUGUGUUAAAAUUGUUGUAUGUAUGAGCUGCAUAACAUCAUGUAAUUUAUAAGAGAAUAUUAGCUGAGGUUCAUUUGGGCUAAAAAUAAGGUACUAGUUUUAGCAAAUCAUCAGGAAAAGAAUUAUAACACAUGUAAAAGCUUUAUUGUAUUCAUUCAUGUUUGUAGGUUUAAAGUAGCAACAUCAGUGUUGGUCUAUGUUAAUUCACACUAUUUUAAUGAAUUGUAAUUUAAACGUUUCCUUUAUAAAUACAAUAAAGGUGACUCAAAACUAUUUUAAGAGAAGUUCAGCAAGAGUUUGUGUGGUUUGUAUAGUAUACACUAAUCCUACCAGUUAAUUGAUAAACUGGGGAUCAGCAUCUAAGACAGUAAUAAUCAUACAGUAAGGUAAUAAAUUUACAUUAAUUCAUCUUGAAUAGUGCCAUGAUUUCAAAAUCCUUUAAGAAGUUAAUUUGAAAUCAUGAAAGUUGUUGUGCCCUUUUUAUGUAAUAUUUCUAUAUUAUUGUUUAAAGGAAAAACAAUAUUGCAACAAACUAUUUCAUACAUGAUGAACAGGUGAUAGCUACAUUUGAGAGUCUCGAAAAUGAUAACAACAGUCUAGGUGAAAAUGUAUUCAUUCACUAUACCACUGCUCAGAAAUACACCCAUAAACUACAACAAAUAGUCAGUACUUUUUCAAACACAAUAUUGAAAUAUAACUGUAAGCUGUAACUGCAGUAUCAUUAUAAUGAGGAUAAAAGGUUUGUUUUGUAGCAUAAAUGAUGAAAAGUAACUUUCCACCACUAGUUUACUGCCAUAAAACAAGCUAAAGUAUGGUUUUUAUCAGCAGAGAAAGAAAGGCAAAUUAAAACUUGUGUAAAAGUAAACGUGCUUGUAAGUUGUGUGGCCUUGGCUAAAAAGCAAUAGUUGUGUAUGUUAUCUGCUUGGUUAAAGUCUAAACUGUAAUGUUUUACAGAACUACUGAUCAAUCCACUAAGAUAACUAACUGAUUGGGGGUAACCCAAAGUGUCUUGUAUUAUCAAUUUGUUUUGGAACAAGUAUGAACUUUAUAAGAAAAAAGUAAAUAUACAAUAAAUGGUAAAAUA